UUAUAGAGAAACAUGUCGCUGGGCUCCAUGAAGUCGUUAGGAGGUUAUUAUAAGAUGCUGGGGCUUUUUAAAUGUUUAUUUACUGUUUGUUGUUUUUCUCCAAUCCGCGCAGUCAGGGUUCGGUGUGUUCACGCUAUAAAUGUAGACGUAACAUUAAACCACAAAGUCUCUCUCUCUCUCACACACACACAACCGUUAGCUGUUUUCAUAUCAUGUAGUUUAAAAAAAUAUAUAUGUAUAUUAUAUAUAUAUAUAUAUAUUAACAGUGUUAUGAACGUGUUAUUACACUACAUUAUAAUGAUAUUCAUGGUGAUGAGGUGCUUUUCCCGUUCCAUCAUGAUAAUACCAAGGAAAAUAAUAGUACAUAAUUUUUCAUGUUAUAUUUAUAUUUCAAAUCAUAAAACUAAGCUUGCUAAUUCAUAAAAUUGUACAUUUUUCAACGUUCUUUGUACAAUCGAUGAGCAUAUAUAAAUAUAUAUAUAUGGACCGGUGUUGUGUUGAGCGCGCGUGCACGAAAAACUCGCCCCCGAAAUGCUGCGCUCGUACCCGUCUGUGCGCGUACCGCUGAGGUACUAUGGAAAGCCGUAAGGCUCAAAACUAACGACUUUUUUUUUUUUUUUUUUUUAAACGACUUGUGUGUGUAGAAUGUUGUAUCCGUGAAAUAUGCCUUUCACUUCUGGAAUACAUCCUACAGAUAGAAGUCAUUAAAAAUGUUAGUUUUGAGCCGUAAGGCUUUCCAUAGUACCUCAGCGGUACGAGCAUAGCAUCUCGAGGGCGAGUUUUUCGUGCACGUGCGCCUUUUUUUUUUUCGCCGUUUGGGCGGAGGUGGAGUUCGACACAACACCGUCCUGGAAAUGGUAUAGCCCAGUGUAGGGGUGUGUGAAAGUUUCCUUUACCUGGACUCAAGUUAUUGUAGUGUUUACUCGUGACACAAUGUAGUAUUUGUCAUUUUAUGAACCCAGGAACAUCAGUCUUAUUUAUGUAGGUGAGACUCACACGCACGAGAAAUACAGCAGUAGUUUCUGCGGCUAAGCUACAGGUGGCGUGAAUGUGUGCACCCGGCUGUGAAUGUCCUAAUGCAUCAAUGUUUUGCGUAUUAUUUGUUUUGCAAAAUGUUAGAGCCUUGUUAAUAAUAAGAAUUAGGGAUGCACCGAAUGUUCGGCAACCGAAAUGAAUAAUUAAUAAGUGAAAAGGACGAAUAAAUUUGACCGAACAGUGACGUGUUUGAUGACGCGACCAAGUAGCCUAGCAACCAGAGUGAGACGCGCGAAGCUUUAAUUGCAGCAAACAUGUCGGCAGUGUGGAAGCAUUUUAAAGUGUCAGAGAAAGAUAGCUGAAGAUGACGCGAACAUGAUCAACGCCGAUGAUGGCCCCUCCGAAAGCGAGAAGACCCGGGACGCCGGGCAGAGGAGGACGCGUCCGCCUGAAAACCUGCACCUCCUGUUGGCCGUGGUGGUGUGGCUGGUCACGGGAACCACCAUCUCCAGCCUGAACAAAUGGAUCUUCGUGGUGUACAACUUCAGAUACCCGCUCCUCUUGUCGGCUCUGCACAUGCUCACGGCCAUAGUCGUAGGAGUCAUGAAUUACUGGUUUGUUCGAAACCAAGGCGUGGCAGAGCAGGAUCUGACCUCCAGUGCCAAGUGCAAAGUGUUCCUGCUGAGCCUCACCUUCUGCGCCAGCAUCGCCUUCGGAAACGUCGGGCUCAACUAUGUGCAGCUGUCCUUCGCGCAGAUGAUCUACACCACCACGCCGAUCUUCACUCUGGCUAUUUCGUCUCUGGUGCUCGGCAAACAGCACCACAUCCUUAAAUACACAGCCAUGAUGCCCAUCUGCCUCGGGGCUUCGUUCAGCAUCAUGGGCGAGGUGCAGUUUGAUCAGAUGGGCUGUCUGUUCCUGCUCGCCGCCACCAUGCUACGGGCAGUAAAGAGCAUCCAGCAGAGCAUUCUGCUCCAGGAGGAGAAGAUCAACUCUGUCUUCCUGCUCUACCUGAUGGCCCUCCCCAGUUUCUGCAUACUGGCCGUGGCAGCUCUGGUCCUGGAGAACUGGGCUGCUCUUCAGUCGCCCCACAACUACGAUGGCCAUCUGUGGGGCUUCAUCAUGCUCAGCUGCCUGGGGUCUGUGCUCUAUAACCUGGCAAGCAGCUCCGUGAUCAGCCUCACGUCCGCUGUCACGCUGCAUAUCCUGGGCAACCUGAGCAUGGUGGGAAACCUGCUGCUCUCCCGGCUGCUCUUCAGCAGCCAGCUUUCUGCGCUGAGCUGCGCCGGGGCUGUGCUCACACUCUCCGGCAUGAUCAUCUACCAGAACUCGGAGAUCAUCGUCGCAUACGUGGAUGCCCGCCGUGCACGAGCCUCAAAUGGCAAGAUCUGCACCAAUGAGGCGGAGCCUUAUCCUGAAUGCACUUACGAAACUUCGUGUCUAGAUUCGUCCCAGGAGCCAUCUUUAGAACUUUCUUCAGAAAUAUGCCAUUCUACAGAGCCAUCUCUAGAAAUUUAUGAUGAUUCUGAACCAUGGGAAGAACUAUACAAUGAUCUAGAACCACCUCCAGUAAUAGAACAUGGCCUAGAAGCAUCUCCAAAACUGUACAUGGACCUUCAAACACCUCCAAAAUGGAAUCAUAUCCAAGAACUACAUCCAGCACUUGAUCAUGAUUUAGAACCAUCUCCAGACCUGUGCCCUGACCUAGAACCAUCCUCAGAAGUAGUCCAGGUCCUAGACCCAUCUUCAGAACUAGAACAUGACCUAGAACCAUCUUCAGAACUAGACCGUGACCUAGAACCAUCCUUAGAACUAGACCAUUGCGUAGAACCAUCUUCAGAAAUAGGUCAUGAGCUAGAGCCAUCUUCAGAGUUAGACCAUAAGUUAGAACCAUCCUCAGAAUUAGUCUAUGACCUAGAACCUUCCUCAGAACUUGUUCAUGACCGAGAACCAUCCUCAGAACUAGUCCAGGACCUAGAACCAUCCUCAGAGCCAGUUUAUGACCUAGAAAAAUCCUCAGAACUUGUUCAUGACCUAGAACCGUCCUCAGAACUAGUUCAUGACCUAGAACCAUCUUCAGACCUAGUCCAGGAACUAGAACCAUCCUCAGAACUAGUUCAUGACCGAGAACCAUCCUCAGAACUAGUCCAGGACCUAGAACCAUCCUCAGAGCCAGUUUAUGACCUAGAAAAAUCCUCAGAACUUGUUCAUGACCUAGAACCGUCCUCAGAACUAGUUCAUGACCUAGAACCAUCUUCAGACCUAGUCCAGGAACUAGAACCAUUCUCAGAACUUGUUCAUGACGUAGAACCAUCCUCAGCACUAGUCCAUGACCUAGAAACAUCCUCAGAACUUGUUCAUGACCUAGAACCGGCCUCAGCACUAGUCCAUGACCUAGAAACAUCCUCAGAACUUGUUCAUGACCUAGAACCGUCCUCAAAACUAGUUCAUGACCUAGAACCAUCCUCAGAACUAGUUCAUGACCUAGAACCAUCUUCACCACUAGACCAUGAUCUAAAACCAUCUUCAGAACUAGACCAUGGCCUAUACCCACCUCCAGCACUAGACCAUAUCCAUGACCUUGUCCAUGACCUAGGACGUUCAUUAGAACUGUAUGAUGACCCUGAGUCACCUCGAGAAUCCGCUCUUGAAGGCUACAGUGACGAAGAACCAUCAGCAGACCUAGAACUGUUUCCAGACCUAGCUGUAAAAACUGACAGGAGGACAGAGACGGGGUUCCACGAGAAAAUGGACUGAGGGCAGAAAGACAAACUGGAAAUCAUAAGCUAUGGUCCUUCCUUACAUGAAGCUCCAAGGAAUCUCAUCUGGAGGUUCAACUGUUUUUUUUUUCUCGUGAGCUCCUGUGACCCAUAGUUACUCCUUUUCCAUCAACACGGUGCCGGUGUCGGUUCAGGGAACCUCUUUAUGGGAUCCGAAGUUUCGGCUCCUUUUUACGAAAACAUAGAUAUAACUCUCGUGGGCCAUGAGUUGCUUUUGUUGUUGUCAUGACGACAGCAUGACCUCCAUAUUCUUGCUUCUUAAUACCACUGGUCCUAUUUGGUCAGCUAGGAACUCGGGGUAAAAAAAAAAAAAAAAGCACAGAACGGUUCCAUCAGCACCAGUACCAGGUUGGUGGAAAAGAGCUCAAUGUGUUUUGACUCCUCACUGUGCCAAUACGUUUCAGUUAUCUCCAAGCUCACAAAGCUCUGAGACUGUGACUCUUUGUAUUACCUCCAUUACAUACACACCAGUUGGUAAAAAAAAAAAACACUCCUGAGUGAGUGCAGAUGAUCUUUAUCUCCACUGUGAAGCCAAACCCCAGGUGUCUGUGGGAUUCUGGGUAACACCGCCAUAACGCAAGUCACCUGUGGACUGCUCAAGCACUUUUUUUUUUCUUUUUUUUUUUUCUUUCAGCGGUUACAACUGAAGAAAAGACCGCAUUGAUGGUUUUGAGGUACUGUUCUUCUCACUCUGCUAGUCUGGAAGGGGCUUUUAUAGGCAGCUCUCGUGUGUCAGGCCUUUCUUAUUUGAAUUUUUUUCCCCUCAAGUACGUUUACAUAAACCGCACACUGGCGAGAUCGUCUCCGUUUCUGUUUAGUUUACAGUAAGGUGGACUAUUAGGGGAAAUUGCCAGGCGUCGUUUGUAGGGCGUCUCCGUGAAAUAACCUGACAUUUCUACCUAUAUAAAUGAAACUGUAUAAGCAAAACAACCAUGAGUAGGUUUACUCACAGGUGUGUGAUUAAACCAAUAUUUAAAAGUCUUCCACUUACUGCAAAGAUAUGAUUAGUGUAUGAAGAUUAGCUUCUGAAGCCAUGAGGCAAACGUGAAAAAAUAACGGAAGUCUGUCUCACCCAGAAUUUUUCGAUCGCAAACACUUCAAAAGAUAUCGUAAAGUAGGAAGUCGAUCAUUUUCCUAUGACAGGACGUCCUGAAGGGUUUUAUUCUUUUCAUACCACAGCAUUUUUUUUUUCUCCAGUGAUUACAAUUAUUCAUUUAUUCAAUAACAAGACAUCAUAUUUUUUUUUUUAAACUGUUUAUAGAUACGUUUCAUGUUGUGGAACUUUCGUGGGGCGACUUAGUUCCUGUUAGCAUGUGAAUAUUAUACAUUAUACAUCAUUAUUAUUAUAUUACUAUACAUUAUAGUGGCAUAAAAGAGUCGUUCUUUCACUAUCGUCUCUUUGUUCUCUGUUUUGAAAUUCAUAAGACAAGAAUAAUAAUAAAAACGCAGCUUUUUACAUUACGGCGAGACAGAAACGUAUAAACUCCUCCGUCCUGAGGACUUUCCUGUGGCAGAAAACUUACUGACUAUUACCAAACUGACACUGGAGACUCACUAUGACCGCUAUACAAGUCCCUGCGAUUGAGCGGUUACCAUAGAAACGAUAAAAGCGCUUUAAUGUUAACCUGUGAUUUUGUCUUGAACAAGCCAGAACUAAUGUCAACGAAUCAACGCCAUCUGACCAAUCAGAUUCGAGAAUUCAACAACAUAUUAUUACAUUAUAAAUUCCAGUUUUCACCUACAGUACAGUUCUACUUGCGGUUGUUGUAAGGCGGGGCUUAGAGGGGCGUGUCCUCGUCAGUGUGCUUUGGUUUAAAUGUACACCUGAUGUCGAUUUGUGGCACGAUUUCGAAUUUCUCAGUAACGUUACGAACAACCGCACCUCCAACCCUGAUUGAACCGAUCGAUCGUCCAAGAUGGCGGCCCCCGUAACGUUAAAGUGUUCUGCGAUGCCGUGAUUGUGUGUUUUGUUUGUGUGAUUAGAUGACAGAAAGUCUUCUAAACAACACCAGCAAGUCUGUGUGACAUCACUGAAGAACUGGAGGCAGAAAUGUACAGAAAAAAGAAAAAAAAAAGAAAAAUUGGGGUGACAUGGACUUCCAUUAUAUUAUCCUCACAGCUUGAGAAACAAUGGCCAAUGUGUUUCCUCACUAUAGAAUAGCUGGAACAUGUUAUAUAAUCCUCAUUAUGAGGUUUUAUUAUUAGACCAGGCCCGUGUCUCUAAGGAUGCUCGGAUGUCUUUAGCACAGCCGGAAUGAACACCAAAACAGACAUGACGUCGCGUCCAACCUUCAGAGGUUCUUGUGUUUGUUCUUUAUUUAUUUAUUUUUUUGGUCUAUGUCAUGUUUUCCUUGGUGUGUGUUACUCAGUAUUAUUCAUGGUGUUGGGAUUUUUCCUGCUGUAUUUCUUACUGGAAGCAGUGUGCCAGUGGUACGGUCAUGCACUCACUGCCGUGCCUAUGUCGCCAUCUGCUGGACGGAGAGUAGAUGUCGUUUUUAUUUAUUUUUGCGUUUAUAUUCCAUGUACGUAAAUUGCACUGGUCAUUACGAGGACAAUUUUAGCUUGAAGUGGAUUUAGAAGUGGGUUUUAGGAGUCAGUAGGUAGAGUUACUUACUCGGUUUGGUAGCAGAGCUCGCAGCUGUCCCAAGGUCGUCUUACAAUAAGUAACUGAGCGCAGAAUGAACUCUGAGAACCUGAAAAUUAUAUAACGUUAAAGCCACGCUGAAUUAGUCUUGUGCCAAUCAUUUGCUCGAAUGGUUGAAGAGGUUCAUUCCACUAUGGCGUCUGAUGAUAUUUUUCGCAAUUUUAGAGCCAACGGACAAUUGUCUAUGUAAGUAUGUAUAUAUACAUGCAUACGUUAAUGCCAAUAUAUUGCUAACACAUUUUUAUAUCUAAACAAAGGAAUGUUGGCCAAAAUAAAAUAUACUGUAUAUCCAUCAGAAUCUAUAAGGAUUAAAGAUAUUCAUUGGGGUUUUACAUAAAAUAAAUAAUGAUGGGAAAUCAGUUCAGUUUUAUAGCAUGAUAAAAUGUUUAUAGUCAGCAGUAUCGGUGCGAUGCGGAGUAAAUUUACAAUAAUUGAUCACUUCCUUCCUAUGAUGCUUACGUCAGGCUCACUUUCAAACAAAUUUCUUCUUAAAUGAUCUUCUGAUUGAUGAUCUGUUAUGUCGUUUAUCUACACUCAUUAUCGUCUGAACACUUGAGCUUACAUUAAUGCAACCGUAAAGGAUCUGGAAUCUUUUUAAAAGCUGGAAUGUUUUUCAUGCUGAUAAAGCUAGGUGACGCUCUCAGGAACAGUGGUGUAGUGCUGCAGGAAUAUAUCGCGCUUUGUUAUAUAACACACAUGAUGGAUAACAGGUUUUGCUUAAAAAAAAAAAAAAAAAAAAAAAGAACGUCCUAUAGAAACAAGUGUGCGGUGAUGUGGUAGUAACGUCAUUUCAUCUCAUGAUUCUUGAAGACUUUUGUAGGAUUGAAAAAAAAUAUUUUUGUGCAGAAAUUAGCGCAAAAUCGAGCAAUAAAAGAAUAAUUUCCUGCAGAUUCAGGCCAAGACGCGCCACGUGACAGCAUUCAGACGAAACCCUCUUCGAUUCACGUGCGUCGAACGUGAGUACAGCUAAAAGGCCUCGUUUACCAACUAAGAUCUCUGCAAAACCAUUUCACGCGCUGGCAAAUUCGGGUAGAAACAAAACAAAGCACAGAAAAACUCUGCAGAUCAAAAAUCCUCAGCAAAGUCGAGGGUCUUUGGCCGCAACGAUCACAAAAAAAAAAAAAAAAACAAAACCCUCCUGUAUGAAGUUUCCUGUACGGACUGAAAAACCUAUCGACAAACAUAAAUAAGCAAAUAAAAAAACUUUACUCUUAGUACAAAUAGAUUCGAUCGACGUCAAAAAAAGUUCCGAUGGAACUCAGGAUACGCUCAGAGAAGAGCGUCGUGUCAUCGGUUAUCAUCGUCAUAUCACCCAGCCUUAAACUCCAGCACGGCGGAGAUAAAGCCGUUCACGGAUAAAUCCGAAGUGGCUCGAGAAGAUCCUUUUAAAAGAAUCAGUGCACUGUGUCUGAUCACGUUUUGUUAGAGAAAAGAGGAAAACGUAGUGAUGCCUGGCAACCGGCAGCUCCUGGCUCUGACUCAGUGUUUACACCUCCUCAGCUGAACGUGUCCAUAUGGCGGAUCCGCUGUGAGUGAUUAGUUUGGAGUUAAAUACCUCAUUAUUAUUAUUAUGAUCAUUAUUAUUAUUCUGUUAAAAGCUCCUUCCGCGUAUCAUGGCAUCAAAACAGCUCGUUGUGCUCACGUGCAAAUCAGAGGAUUUACAGAUAAAGCAGUCGACAUAUAAAAACGUCAUUCUCAGUCACACGGUUAUGAAUAAAAAAAAAAAGCGUAUCGAUUAAAAAAGCAAUAGAAAAAGCCGUCGACUUGGUUGUCACGUCGUGAGAAUCCGUUUCAGUUUUAUUCGUCUUUUUUUUUGUUGUUUUUUUUGGUCAGUGGCUUGUCCUCUUCUCAGCAGUUUAUUUGUUCUUGUUGAAUAGCGUACUGUUGAUUCAUGUCUCUACUGCUUUAUCUGUCCUCCCUCUGAUUUGCCCUUUUAUACGUUCAUUCAUGAACAGAUUAUCGAUCGUCAUUUGUUUGUUUUUGUUUUUUAGAACGUUAAUGACGCUACCGUCGAGUGAAUCAGAACUGCGCCGUGUUUAGUGUUUAGAAGAAGAGCACAGUGUGGAAUUAGAGAAGGUCAGAGGUGUUGCUGGAAAACGGUUUUCAGUGACUUGGAGCAGAGUUUCUCGAUCCAACAUGUCCUCUUUUGGCCACACACACACACACACACACACACACACACACACACACACACACACACACACCACUAUAAAGGCAGAUCUGUAUCAGAAGGAAUUAAAAUAAAUAAAUAAACGUUAGAAGGCAAACUUCUACCAGGGUUCAAACUUCCAGAACCCUUUUCAGGAACCACAGAGUCCCGGAAUAUUUUUCAGGAAAAGGGAAGCGUUUCACAACCCUUUUCAGAACUGAAUAUUGAACUUGAGCUUUUUUUUUUUCUUCCAGUAACUGAAGAGUUCUGGAAGCUUUUUCAGGAAUGUAAGAGUUGCAGAACAUUUUGCAGGAACUGAAAACUCGCACAACCCCUUUUCAGGAGCUGAAUAGGUCUAGAAUGUUUUCAGGAAUGUAAAAGUUCUGCGAAAUUAUUUCAGGAACUGCGAGUUCUGCAGCUUUUUUUUUUUUUUUUUUUUUUUUCCUUUCAGGAGCUGAAGAGUUCCAGAACCUUUGUCAGGAACCACAUAUCAGUACCUGAACAAUGUCAGAAUCUUUUUCAGGAAUGUAAGAGUUGCAGAACAUUUUUCAGGAACUGAAGAGACCUAGGAGCCUUUUCAGAAACUGUAGAGUUCCAGAACCUUUUUCAGGAAUGUAAGAGUUCUGCAAUUGGUUGUCAGUUUUUGUUUUUUUUCAGGAACCAAGUAGUUCUGGAACUUUUUCAGGAAUGUAGGAGUUCUGCACCCCACCCCCCACCCCCCCGCAACUGAGAAGUUAGGAACCUUUUUCAGGAACUAAAUAGUUCUGGAACAUUUUCAGUACCUGAAAACUUUUGGAAUCAUUUGGAACCUUUUUCAGGAACUGGGAGUUCUGGAACUUUUUUCAGGAACUGAGAGUUCUGGAACUGAGGCGUUUCAGAAACCUUUUCAGGAAAGUAAGAGUUCCAGAACAUUGUUUUUUUUCAGGAACUGAAGAGUUCCAGAUCCUUUUUCAGGAACUGAAACGUUCAGGCGUCUUCGCCAGACAUUGUUCAGGAAAUAAAUAUUUCCAGAACUUUCCUGAUCGAGAUCUUCACAGUUCCCGGAUGAGGUUCUUGCCUUACACAGACAAGGCUGAGCGUGUGGUUAUGUCGUUCUUUAGGUUUUUUUUGUUGUUGUUGUUGUUGUUGUUGUUGUUAUUGUUGUAUAAAUAUGAUGUUAACAUACUACAAAACACACUCCAGUCUCUCUGCAAACAUUCUGCAUCUUGUGAACUUCUUGUUUGAUGAAAAAAGUUUUACAAUUGAUCGAUCAGUGAAGUAUAGAACGGCAAGCUCCGCCCACAUCGAGAAGCUCUUUAGGAGUGACUUUAGGACAAGCGGAGCUGUCUUCUCUGGAAGUGUACAGCUGCUGUGUGUAUGUUUCUCCUGUCUCUGUCGAUGUAAAUAAUUUUUUAUUCUAUUUAUGUAUUUUACAAUCAUGGAAAGGCUGACUGAAUAAAUCUGCUUGUUUAAGGAU